AUGUCACCCUCGGCGACCUCUCCCAGGUUCAUCAUCCACAACCCCCCUCUCCCGUCCCGAUCAUCUACCAACCCUGAGAACGUACUCUCCGAACUAGGCAACUCCCCAAGCAGGCCUUUCAAUAUCAACACGCCAGGAGGAUCGUCUAUCACUUCAAACCCCCGAGACAUCCCUCAUCUAGAUGUCCCGCCAGCGGGAGGAGGCAGGUCCGGAGCGAGGAGUUACAGUCGAGGUGAAAAGGGGAUGAGGGAAAGGGAGGCAGAUAGGGAAGCGGAUAGGGAGAGGCAGAGAUUGCAGGAUAUCGAUUCGGCCAAGAGCAUGUCCCGUGCUAGGUCCAACUCGAUCGCCUCUCCCGAAGAUGCCAUCCCACCCUUGAUGAAACGAGCCCUCCACUCCCACUCCCGCUACCCAAAAACAUCCCCUAUCGAUGAAUCCCCCUUCCCAGCAUUGUCCGAGAGGGAGGAAGCCGAGAUGGAACACGCCCGACGAGGCUCCUAUACGGAAAACGUCGACGACGAGGACCAGGAUGGAUACCCGGUUCAAGCCAGGGAACGCGAACGAGAAAGAGACAGGGAGAGGGAGAGGGAGGAAGAGGAAGAAGAGGAGGAGAUGCGGAUGGCCAUGGAGCGCAGGCUUAGCCACGAGAGGCAUUUGGAGAGCGAUUCCAUCAUGCACGAGAUGGGACUCGGGGAUAGGCGAGGAGGUGGAAAUGGCCGGAGUUCGCCUGUCAGGACGAUGGCGAGUCACCUGAUGGGAGGGAUGGGCACGGCGAGGAAUCACUUCGAUUUCUCUUCGAUGGACGAAUUUGCCGACAAGGAAAAGAGGGUGUUGAGAGAGUCGUCCGGGGGUUAUCAUGGUACUUUCGGAUCCAACGGAAUGCCGGAAGAAGCUCGUCGAGCCGGUGUGCCUGAAGCAGACUUGAUCGGGAGCGCCAGUGGCAGUGUACAGAGCAACGGACGGAUGAUCGGGGGAACCACGGUCGGGGAUGCCGAGUCGGUUCGCAUCUCGUCACCCCCCACACAGCAACAAGAUCUACCUUCUCGAGAGAACGAGAAUGGUGAAGAUGAUGCUGGAGCGGGUACGUUUGUACGACGUCGUCAACGCAAGUCGUCACAAUCGCAAGCCGUCUCGAAUGGGGCCAGGCGUCAAGGUCGGUUGGCCUUGUUCGAAGGUCUAGGCGGUGCUUUCAUGGGAGAUGGAUCGGCAAGGGAUGGAGCGGGCGGGCAAGAGUAUGCUAAACCUUCGGGCUACGUCGAUUACCCAGACGGCGGUCGAGGAAACGGGGGGGGAGAACGACCAUAUAGGUUCUCAUUCUAUUCAAAUGCUCUGCCCGCUACAAUCCACGCGAGGAGUCUGAGCGAGUUGCCUUCCGAAGGUCAGACGUUUGAGGACCUCUUCACCGGUCGGGAACCAUCCAAUGGCAACGCAACCGACCAGCGCAACUCUGGCUCGAGCGACGCGGGCGGUUUCAAGAGCGGGAGCUCGAGUCCGCAGAUUUCAAACUUGGGCGAGCUGAACGGAUCAGCUCCCAAUCCUAAAUUGAGCUUGUUAGCGAAAGCAACGGCCAAAGCGGGUACAGGUGGAUCGCCGCCGAUGAAAGGACAGGCCGAUAUGGAUGAUCCCGAGGCUAGGACGUGGUGGUUGGAUGUCUUGUCGCCAACAGAUGAGGAGAUGAGAAUGCUCGCCAAGGUCUUUGGGAUCCAUCCUUUGACAACAGAGGAUAUCUUGCUGGAGGAGACGCGUGAAAAGAUUGAACUAUUCAGAAACUACUACCUCGUCUGUUUCCGAUCGUUCGAUCAGGACCCAUACAGUCAAACAUACCUCGAACCGUUGAACAUGUACAUUAUUGUCUUCCGCGAAGGUACUCUUUCGUUCCAUUUCCGAGGCACGCCUCACCCUCAAAAUGUCCGACGCCGUAUCAAGUCCCUCAAAGACUACAUUUCAGUCACCUCCGACUGGAUCUCGUACGCGCUCAUCGACGACAUUACCGAUGCUUUCGGCCCGUUAAUCCAGAGCAUCGAGUACGAGGUAGACGGGAUCGAUGAGUUGGUAUUGAUUCUGAAGGAAGCAGAGCAGAGCGACAUGUUGCGAAGGAUCGGGACGUGUCGUAAAAAGGUUAUGGGUCUUCUUCGACUCAUGGGCAACAAGGCCGAUGUCGUCAAAGGUCUAGCAAAACGGUGCAAUGAAAACUGGAGCGUGGCUCCUAAAUCCGACAUAGGGCUCUAUCUGUCCGAUAUUCAAGAUCAUCUGAUCACGAUGACGCAGAACUUGAACCAUUAUGAAAAGAUCCUGAGUAGAUCGCACUCAAACUAUUUGGCUCAAAUCUCGAUCGAGAUGACCGAUGCCAACAAUCAGAUCAACGAUGUGCUAUCGAAAUUGACGGCAUUGGGUACGGUUCUCAUUCCGAUGAACCUGGUUACGGGGUUGUGGGGUAUGAACGUCCAUGUACCGGGUCAAGAUAUCGAAUCAGGGUAUGCCUGGUUUGGCGGAAUCUUAGGAGCGCUGGCUUUGUUUGCUGUAGUGGGCGCAUGGAUCACGGUGAGUCUAGGUCCCUCCCCCUUCCUAUUCGCUGCGUAUGCGAGCUGA